GUUCGAGUAAUGGCUGGUAUUUCAAAAGUGCUGUGUAACAGUCGGUAACAUAUGUCGCUGGCCAGAAAUGAGGCACAGUGCUAAGUAUGAGGAGGCUUACGGUCAAAAGCAAAGGCUCAGUUAAAUAAUGUACAAGACGAGCAUCCAACGUCCCUAGUUCCUCUUCAAAUGACAAAGGGAACUGUUGACUUGAUAGUCCACAAUCGAAUUUCCGAGGAUGUUCGCGCUCAUCGAACUGACAGUAGCUGCUUCAUAUUUACACUCAGGUCAGAAAUACCCGACGGUAUGUUCUGCAACAUGGUAUUCACUCUAUCAAAUCUGUAAAACUUCACUUGAUUGUACAGAUGACUCGGCUGCCAACGCACUGCCUACACGCCUAAAUUCGAACGUUGAUGGUGACGUAUCUUAUUGUGUCAAACUACUUGAUUAACAUCUACAAAGUAAAGAAACCUACUUGGCAAUCGGCGAGGCAACACUGUCGAACAACCGAAAUUUGGGAUAUUUGACAUGGCUACUCCCAGCCUGUGUCUCAGCCACAUCCAUGUCAAUGUUUAGUGGCAAGGUGUUUUCCUCCGUCGAGCUGUUUAUACAUCAAACAUCCAUUAGUAUAAUAAUAAUAACCAAUACAUCAGAUUGCAUGUGGUGAAUUGUAGUCAUCUAUUUAUAGUCAUUCAUCACAUUCUAUGAAGUACUCGAUUGAAUUUAUUCGUAUUGGCUGGACAAGGCGUAUUUCAGAUCACUACUUCAGUUCUGCAUGUACGAUAUCAUUACUAAGAGGACCUAAAUUGAUUCUUGUUGACCCUGGUAGUCCAUGGGAUUCGCAAUGGCUCCUUUCUCAGCUCUCAUCUCGUGGAGUAAAUCCUUAUGAUAUCGAUUUUGUUGUUUGUACACAUGAUCACGUCGAUCAUAUUGGAAGUCUACAUAUAUUCCCAAACUCUACUCGGAUUGUGGGAGAGAAUUUCGAAGUUCAAGGUCUUAAAGAUUGCUUCAGUAUUCUCAAAACGCCUUAUGAGAUCGACUCCUUCGUUCACAUAAUAUCUACACCUGGGCACACUUUGUCAGACAUAUCAGUCAUUGUAGAGGAUGUUGAUCAAUUCGGUCGUGUUGCCAUAGUGGGUGACUUGUUUGAAUGUGAGCAAGAUACUAUUGACCCAUCUUUGUGGCAUUCAUCUAGUAACAAUGUAAGCAUACAACAAAAAAGCCGGGAAUUCAUUAUCGAUAACUUUGACUACAUUGUUCCAGGUCAUGGACCAGCCUUUAAAGUUACUAAAAGGUGGCAAAACUAACUUUGUAUGUACCUUGUUUAUUGUAAUUUACUCGACAUUUGUUACACUUUUGUCUGUCAUGAAAUUCUCUGGGAUAAUCAUUUGUCUUUCUAAGUUCUUAUAAAUCACAAAACCCUUUAAUUUUCUCAUUAUAUAUCCGAGAGCAUUUAGUUAUGAUAUCAUAG